CACUCGUCAACCCCCUCUGAGCACUCCAAGACCGUCAUGGAUCAUCACAUCGACUUUAUGUUCAAGAUCGGCAACUUCUUCAAGCAGGAGGCUCAGGAGUCACCCGAAGCUACGUUUAUACUCAUGACCAUGCUUCCCCCCUUCCACCUCUACAUGGCUCGUCUUUUGAGUCAACGUGACGACGACUACACCAUCCGCAUCUGUCGCACUCUCUACGGAUUGAGCAACUAUCAAAGAGACCUCCGUGACAGUCUGCCUGAACUCAGCAAACAACCCGACUUUGGUCUUCUUCUUCGCUCAAACAUUGGUUACGCCUCCCUCCCGAGUGAUGAUGAGCUUCAAAACUUCAAGCCUGUCGACAAGUUUUACAAUCUGAUCGACACAUUCGGCCCCCCUGCCAUCUCGGAAGUCGUCAAACCUCACAUCAAACUUGCCGUCGACAAUCUCUUCAUGCUCCUCACCAGCGUCAGUCAAGCCAUGGAGAAGAACAGAAAGGAGACUGCCCGCAACCCCACUCAUGUCCUUGUCAACAAUGAUCGCAAGAUCUUUACAUGGAUCCUCAUUGAUGAGUUUCCCCCUGAAUUCUGGGCCUUGACCAAUGAGCGUUCCAACGAGAGACCUCAUCCCAUCUUCCAAGCUCUUCUCUGUUACUGGGGUCUGCUCUGUAGCAUGAAGAAUGAUGUCUGGUACUUUGAAGGUGUUGGUUACCGUCUUCUUCAAGACUUCUUGGUCGUUGCCAGAGACAAGGAUAUCGUUGCUGCUGGAGACAAGCCCCUUGCUGAAGUUUCCGCCUGGCAGACAUUGUUCCAUCCUCUUGUUGGUAAGCUUGGUGCCACUCAUGUGAAUUGGGUCAAGGGUACUGGUGAUGCUCUUGCUCCUGAGUCUCCUUGAAGACUUGCCCCUAAGUCUCCUUAAAGACUUGCCCCUAAGUCUCCUUGAAGACUUGCCCCUGGGUCUCCUUGAAUCUUCUCUGAC